UGCCACGUGCUGCUGCUCGCUCUUGCUCUCGCUCUACCAACCCCUCGCCCCGACUUUCGACUCGCACACACACACACAACCUUCUGGUGAGACUCUCGCUAAGGCGACGACGACGACAACAUGUACUGCGGAUUCGUGCUUCUCCUCUCCGCCUGGGCCAUCGCUCACACUGGGAUUCAAUCGAUCGUGGUUGGCGCCUGGCCGGCUGAGCAGACCAGCGGCAGCUCCUGUUGGAUCGACAAAGGAAAGCAGUGCGGAGGACACGGCAAAUGCGACGACCAGGUGUGCGCCUGCGACCCUUGUUGGCAGGGACGCGCCUGCGACACUUACGUUGACGUCCACCAGCCGCGUUUCCUGGUCAACAACUUCUAUAUCAUUGUCAACAAAAGUUUUGCCGGCUCCGUUUUCCGCGCCGAAGCGACGGACGACGACCUCGGGAUGACGUGCCCCCUGCACGGCCCUGGCGAAGGGACGACCUGCCCGUGCGCCACGACCCGGUUCAAGAUGCUGCACGGCGCCGACUCGACGCUGUUCAACGUGGACAACGAGACGGGCGACGUCUUUUUGGCCGAGGGCGCGACCCUGCAGGCCGGACGCCAGUACCACUUCACGCUGCAAGCACAGGGUUUGAAAGUGUCCGGCCUGGACAACAAGGUCGGCCGCGAUUUGAUGCGAGCCAUUGUCUACGUUCGCCCGGAAGCGUCCAAGCAAAGACUCGCCCUUGAUCCUCUAAGCCAGCCACUGAUCUUGAGGAAGAAACGAGAGGUGAAAUCCAAGUCUGAGAUUUCGAUGGAAUUCAUCCGGCUUUCUCCAGAAGACGAAAAGCUCCAAAUCGGAUCAUCCAUCGCUUAUAAGGCCGUGGUGCACCUUCCAGCCGAAAGGUCGUGGUCUCGCCCGCUCGGCGUGGAAAUCAGCACGGACCAAUCAGAAGCCACGCUCGCCCUCUGUCAGGCCCGGGUUUCUGGGGUCAAGGGGGCUCUGGUCUCCAGUCUGGGCCCCAUCAACACUCUUGAGCCGCAACUCUUCACCCACAAAACCCUUUCAACCAUGUACGUUCAAGCCGUGUUUGAUUUCGGCGUGAUUUCUCUGCUGGAGCACAACGCAAACGACUCUCGGCCGAGCGUCGAGAUGAUAUUUGAGGCCAUCGUGGUGAGAGCGAGUGCAAAGGAGGCUCCACUUCAGUACAUCAGAGGCACGCUCUUCACCGACGAGGCCGCUGCCUCCACAGCGCUAGACCUCUCAGACGUUCCAGCAAAAACGGCGUCCUCCGACCAGCGUUCGACCCUGCAGACAAUGCACGCGGACGCCGACGUGGCCCCUGACCGGCCUGCCGACCUCCACUGGCGCUUCCAACCGGCCGCCGCGUCCGGAGACCUCACGCUCGCCAUCAGGCAGCUCCCAGGGGAACAGGUUUCCGUGCGCGUCGGCGGGCUCAGCGUGAGCAGCGACGACGACGCGUUCCAUUGUUUGGCGCCGCCGAGGGCUGAGCUGGCGUCGCAGGCCUGUCUGCUGAUUGAUGACUCGAACAACGGCAGCCUGCUCGCCAACUUGCACUUGCCCGUCUACAUCCACCGACGAACAGGAUCCGCUCUGACGAUCAAGGCCUGGCUGCUUCCGCUGCGGAGCCGGCCCUUUGCCGUUGUCGAGGCGCUUUUCUCGACGAGCCAAGGCGCUGCUUGGCGCUCGCUGCAUAAUGUCUCCGUCGCGCCCGCAUCGCUGCAUCCAGCUGCACCGUCCACGCCGAAACUUGUGGUGAAGGCGGCGAGCGCGAGCGAGGUGCCCGCAGGAAUUCCAGUCGUGUACCACGCCAAAUUGCAGCUGCCCAGAGGACUUUUCAACCUAACAGCGGCCCUGAGGACGCUGACCAAAGGGGCCGCCGUGACCGACAUUGGCCUGCUGAGCGUCGGCCCGGACGUGGACCAAGAUCUGCUCAAGCAAUAUCAGAUCGUGCGGAAAAGCGACGGCGAACUCGUGUUCCAAGUUUCCGACCCGGUUUUAGUUCGCCAGGACGCCAAGGACGCUGUCGUGCUCAAGAUGUGCGUCGUUGGCAACGCCAAGGGGGUGGCAAAAUUCGGUCUCAGGCUGCUCGCCUACCCUCAAGUGGAGCAACUUGUUUUCCAGGCCGUCGUCACGCCUUACCAGGCGCCGUUUGUCACGCCCGAGGUUUCCAUCACGCCCUACGAGGACCAAACGCUCUUCGAACAGCAGGGCGCUUUGGAGUUUCGUCUCGAGAUGAAAGUUCCAGAGGGUACAUGCAUAAAGCCCGUGAAACUGGAGCUCGGAAGUUCAUUCAAAGGCAGCGGAGAGGUCACCACUGAUCUGUGCAGAGUCACUUUCGCCGAGCACUCGGGCAUCACGCCAAAAAAGUUGGUCCCUAAUCACGUGCUGGAUCUUGGCUCGCUUUGUGCACCGCGCAUGUCCAGGACGAGGUCGAGCGCCAGAAAUCAUCACUCGUUCACCCUGCAAGCGUCGUUCAGAGCUUCCACACUCCGUGAGCAGGAUGUUGAAGGUAUCAUCCGGAUCGACGCAAGAAUGCAAAUGGGAGGCGUUUCGUUCUGGUCUGGCGGAGUGUCCACGCAUUUGGUCGACCGGCUUUCCGUGUUGAAAGGUUGCGAAAUCAGCAGCGCUACUGCGAAUGCCUGCGAGCUCUAAACGCGAAGCCAAGAAAUAAACCGCGAUGGUGUUUAGUCAGUGUAGAGAGAAAUGUGGGUGUUCAUAUCAGUGAUAGUGUCUGUGAUAUUUGUCAGCAAAUUUCGGUUCGGCUUCGGUUUUCGUCUGCUUGCUUUGGAGAAGGGACCAAAAUUGUUAAUCUCAGAGUGGAUGCUACGGAAAAACAUCACUUUUAAAAACUAUCAACCCUGCUCACCUUUUCGAUUCUUAGCCUUUUUACUUUCUGAUUAAGACUUAUGGACAAAACGUAGUAGCAGCCAAAUACAUGAAUAUAUUUAACUUUUAUAAGACUAAUUGACAUGUCUUGAAUUAAAUCUAUUGUAAAGAAAGGAGAGAAUGUACAGUUAACUUUAUAAGACCGUCUUUGACGAAGUUUCUGAGCCCACCAAUCGAUUCCUGACGGUCGAAUUAGGUAAAAUGGACGUUUUUUCCGUUAAAAAAGUGAAGUGCGACGUGAGAACUUUUUUCCCGCCAAAACAACAUGAAUGCGAGAAGUGCGCAUGCGUCAGAGCUUGACAAAGAAGUCAUUCGUACAGGCGGUGUUUCUGCAGUGCUCAAAUCAGCUCUAACGCAUGCGCAUUUCUCGCAUUCAUUUGUUUUGGCGGGAAAAAAGUUCGCACGUCUCGCUGCACUUUUUUAACGGAAAAAACAAUAAUUUUACCUAAUUCGACCCUCAGGAAUCGAUUGGUGGGCUCAGAAAUGUCGUCAGAGACAGUCUUUAAGAUGUAACUAUUAGUUUGUAAAAUUUAAAUAAUAAUUGACGGAAUUAAGUGGAAGAAACCCCGCGAACGAAGAUAAGAGAUAAGCCCCGUCGUGUUAAUAUGUAAAUAUCUCCAUUGUGUGUACUUGUAAUGCAAGUUGAGGAAUCAAAUAGCAUAGCAGGAGCAUCAUUCAAAUGUGUAUAUUAUGUCGUGUACCGAUGUGCUCACACUCAUUGUCAGACGCGAUUCGUGUAAAUAAAUUAAAAUAUAAAAGCGAUCGAGAAACAACGUAUAAAAACUUGUAGCGAAUACUGCGUAGACUUUUGUGUAUCAAUAUCAUUGUACUGCCACGCACGAAAUUCAACACGAAUAUUCGAAUAAAAAUAGGUGGAUAAUUCAAAAUCAA